CCCUCUUAUAUUAGUAUUUCACUUGUUCUUCUGGUGUGUCUAGAUUAAGUUUUUGCAAGUUUUUCAAUUCACCAGGUUGUUAUGGACGGAUAUUUAAAGAGAAAACAUGCUGAAAUUGAAGAAGGAAACAGAAAAGGAUUCUCAGCUUUAGUCAUUGAUUUUGAAGGUUUUCAACUUUCAUCAGGGACAUACAUUGUCAAAGAACUUGCUUUUCAUGCUGUAAAAGGUAAUCCCAUUACCGGAGUGUGUACAUUCCAACCACCGUUCCCGUUUGAAGAACUUCCAACACAACAGAAAAUGCAAUAUUCUUGGAUAGUCCGAAAUAUUCAUCAAAUAGAUUGGAACCAAGGAGAAUUACCCUACAUUAAAUUUCAUAUUAUGUUGACUUUUCUGUGUGAUAUGUAUCCACAUAUCUAUGUGAAAGGACUCGAGAAACGGAAAUUUUUAGAAAUUCUAACCGGCAGAGUGUUUUACAGUUUGGAAGAUUUUGGCUGUCCUAAAGUAGAUGAACUGAUACCAACUUUUCAUCAUGCACUAUACAUUCACCAGAUUUUAAACAUUGUGCACUCGUUAAGGCGAAAGCAUUUGGACGAUUUCUACAAGACCUAUAAAUAGGACAAGCACUCGGAAUUCAACAUAAAGCUGUUCCUGGAAGUAUUAUAGUAAAUCUUAUAAAUGACUUUUUUGCGAAAUAGAAAAUCAGCUCCAGUGGGGAGAAAUGUAUUUCUAAAAACAUUAAACGAUAUUCAAUUACCAGCAAAUUUAGAUG